AUGGAUUGUAAGCCACAGACGUUUAGUGGGACCGAAGGAGCUGUGGGGCUGCUACGUUGGUUUGAGAAGGUGGAAUCGGUGUUUGCUUUGUGUAACUGUCAUGCUGGGGAUAGAGUGAAGUAUGCUUCAGGCACACUUGAAGAUGGUUCCUUGACUUGGUGGAAUUCCCAGGUCCAAAUGCUGGGUAUUGAAAUGGCAAACGCGACUACGUGGGACGAUUUUAAGGAGCUUAUGCGAGAAGAAUACUGCCCUCGAGAUGAGAUCCAAAAGUUGGAGAAUGAAUACUACAACCUGAAGAUGGCAGGCUCUGAAAUUGAAGCGUACACGAAGCGGUCUCAUGAACUCGCAAACAUGUGCACUAACUUAUCGCGACCACCCCAUCAUAGGAUUGAGCUGUACAUCAAUGGUCUAGCACCACAAAUCAAGGGUUUGGUCACUGCAGCAAAUCUCGACAACUUGCCUCGAAUCAUCCGCUUAGCCCACAAGAUCACCGACAAGGAACUGGAGCAUGGCUCGCUACCACCAUGUGUUUCUACUACUGCCUCUACUACUACCGCUACAACUCCUGUUACUGAUAACAAACGUAAAUGGAAUGAUGCGGACAAAGUGUCCAACUCAAACCAGUCACAUAAGAAGCCAGACAAUAGUAUCAACCGUAGUUUUAGUCAGUCGUCCUCCGUUAAUCAGAAUCAGAGCAACAAUUCAAAUCAGGGCUCUUACACGGGGAAACAACCAAAGUGUAACAAGUGCAACUACCAUCAUCGAGGACCGUGCACUCGAAUCUGUCACAGGUGCAACAAGGUGGGCCAUAUGGCAAGGGAUUGCAAGGCCCCACUCCCAAAACAGCAGCAACAACAACCUCCACAGCAACAGCAGCCGCAACAACAAGAAAGGCAGCAGCCUCAGCAGAACUAG